AUGUCUAUGAUAGAGAGGAAAAGUAAAGUGAAACAGGUUUUUAGGAAAAGCGAAAUGACUCGCGAAUAAUGCAGGUUAUAUCGAAUUACGUAUAUUGCCAUUAUCAAUUACUAAUUGCCAUUUGCGGUUCCAUACGCGCGAUGCUUAUGAUGGUCAGUACCCCAUCUUUUUAUUUUUUUUAGUUCUUUGGGACGACUAACAUGUACGCGCAAUUAAAUCAUACGCCAUAUGAAUAUUAUUUAUCUAAACACGCGAAAAGCAAAGCUCCGCUUGCUAAUAAAUCUGACAUCGGGCUGGGAGAGAUUUUAGAUUGCCCGGACCGGGAUGUAAUUCAUCUUCACGGUAAGUUUUACCGGUACGUUACGUCGAACUGAGAAUCCGCCACCAUGAUUCAUGAACGGACUCGCGUUGCACACAAAUUUCUUUUUGACGAAGACGAUAAGCGACAGGCGUCGUGAAACGAUACUCGGGUGAAUCGGAGGAGAAAGAACAGAGAAAGACAUAUGGACGAUGCACGAAGAACGCGGAACGAGCACUGUUCUGAUGCUGACGCUGCACGACACGGGGCGUUUCGUCGUUUCCACACAACUGUGCCGAUGCCAAUUACCGGGAACAAUGAUCGACUGUGUCGCAACGGAACCAGCCGCACAGAGUAUAUCAAUUCCGUAUUUUCAGCAACGUUUCCACUGAGCCGAGGGCAAAUAUUUUUACAAACAAUCGUCUGUACUUUGUCUAAACUGUACUAAAAAAACCAUCAUCGAUUCAAAUGGAAAAGAAUCAUUCUAUCCUACAUGAAUCUGGCGAAUGCGUUUCGAAAUUAACGACAGAUACUUUGUGUUUUUAGGUUUGGACACAAUCGUUUGAAUACGGCGAUAUCGAAGGGGUGAAACGUUUCCCGUUGCGCCGCACACGAAAUAAUAGGGAACAAGCACUCACGGAAACUUACACUUAAUCAGGAUGACACCGUUAUGCAGUUCCUCCAUCUCGCGGAGGCGAGCGAUCCACGUCGCGUUUCGUCCUCCAGGUUAAAAGCCACUGUUCGCUGUCCAAGCCGAGUGUAUGGUUGGCCGUACGUUUCGUCGGUCUCGGGCAACGUGUUCACCGAUCAGAGCCGAGGAGGCCAACAUACGCGUCGGCGCACGCUCUCGGCGUUCCAGUCGGCAGAGUUGAGGAACGACACUUCCCAACCGCCAGGGAACGACCACGGCUGGGUAAAAAAAAAAAUUACGCAGCGCACGUGGUCGUGCGACCGGCCGCAAGCGCGAUUAAUAUUGCAGCGUGCACCGAUAAGAACGCAUCGUACGUGACAAAGAAACGCCACCGAAACCGAGUAUAAACAUGGCCGUGCGCGCGCGUCUCUCUGGCUCUCCGUGGCCCGCGGACCCGUCGUCACGCACUGAGGGAGGUUGCAUGGAAACGAAGGGCACGGAGGAACGAUAGAGAGCG